GGCUAAUGGACUAGCAGAAAAAAUCUUACAAUGCAAGCAGAAGUAGCAACGUGUCCCUGAGAGUAGCAGUCAAUGUGUUUGUUUGAUGACCACCGAAUUGACGAACGUGGGGAACAAGGCCUUGAGCUCUGUAAAAGGCGAGAUUCAUUGAUAGCAGUCGAAAUAUCGGGGCCGAGCAGUGGAAGCCACAGCCUCAGGAAGCAAUAAGAAAUCAUCAAUGAAGUGGUCCUGCCAAAGUUAUCCCACUCGCUCAUCACGGAUUCAGAUUCACCUCUAAUGAAAGCAGCACGGCCACCAUUGGAGGUGUGAGCCAAGGUCAUGUCUGCAUGCCCUGGCGCAUGAGCGACAACACAUUGCGGUGUGCAUCUCGGCGUACCCCGACACCAAAUACAGCAGUCUGUGUACACAAGGAGGCCAGCCAUGGUCUCCCGGAGAGGGAACGCUCCCAACACUUGGAAUCCACGUGCAAAGCGCACAGAUAUGCCUCGGACACUACGCGUGAAGGACGUGACAGAUGGAUCGAAGGAGCUCGUCGUGACACUCGUCCACCUAAUUUAGCAACUCACGCGGAAGAUGUCGCCGUUCCUAAGCUCCUCGGGAGUUUAGCGAGGUGGUGCAGCUGAGCGUGUCCGAGCCAGGGCUCCGAAUCCACCAUCCGGCCCAAGUUAUCAUGCGGACAGCGCUUCUACUUCUACUUCUAUUUCGGAGGAAUUUCGGAGACUGUUACGAUGUUGAAGAAGAUGUAGUUGUGGAUUUGGGCGAUCGGUUCCAGCUUCCUUGGACAUGCAGACAUCAAUCUUCGUGUAGACUUUCGCAGCCCAUACUCACGCCAUCAUGGUGUGAGUACUGUAUAUUGCCCCACGUACAUCUCGCGCCCUCCAUCACCGCUUUGAUUGUCAACGAACGUGAAACUUCUACAAAGGCUGUUUGGAGAUCAUGAAUUUAUCAUGGGGCUAAGAAGAUCAAACCGCGCUCCCGGGUUCUCAUUAGAAUCCUGCUGCAUCUUCUUACAUGAUCCGUAUUGAAUGUGGAGUAAACUUCAGACCUGUCCGUCUUCUCUAGAACAAAUUGUAACAAUGUCAUGUCUUUCUGCCGCCAAGUGCGAAAGUGGUCGUUCGGUUUACCAUUCCUCUCCUCUUCUAGCUCGAAUGUGAAUGGUACAAUGGGUAAGUGGUCUGAAGCCUGCAGUGCAACUACGAUCUCUCUCUCGCUCUGCGCCACACUUUAUUCUAUAUUCUUCACCAGUACUCUCGCUACUCGAGGUGAAACCUUCUCUGCGAGGCCCUCCCCUGAAAG